UCCACACCUAACGCUUCUUUAAGGGCGAAAACGGUGAAGAGGUCCUCAUCGCGUAGCCCACUGGGGAUCCCUGACGACGAUGAUGGAGUCGAGGGUUCCUUCCUGCAACGUCUGUGCCGAGGCCGUAGGCUUCUCGCCGGACGGCAACGUCUUCGUCGCCUGCAGGCAGUGCAAUUUUCCCAUCUGCCGCUCCUGCGUCGACCAUGAAUCCAAAGCCGAUGGAGGACGAACAUGCUUGCAGUGCGGCGCCCCGUACUCCUUCCUCGAAGAAAGGACGGGCCCUGAUGCUGAGCAAGAGGUUGAAAAAGCCGCCUCUGCCAAAGGUUUGAAUUUAGGAGCUCAUCUACAGGAACCGCAGGACAAAGAAGGCCAUCGAAGGCAAAUGAGCAAUUUAUCUGCUAUUGAAACUGAAUCAAAUGGUGAUUCUGGAAACCCGUUAUGGAAGAACAGAAUUGAGAGCUGGAGGGACAACAAAAGCAAGAAGAAAAAGGUUCCUACUGCCCCAAAAGAAGCUCAAUUGCCACCUGAACAACGCAUGAACGAUGAUCGGAUUUCAGAGGCUCAAGAACCACUUUCAAUAACCGUUCCAAUUUCUAAGAACAAGCUUACGCCUUACAGAUUUGUCAUUAUUAUGAGAUUGUUGGUUCUUGCGUUCUUCUUCCAAUAUAGAGUAACCAACCCUGUUGAUAGUGCUUAUGGCCUCUGGCUCACUUCAAUUAUAUGCGAGGUCUGGUUCGCCUUUUCUUGGGUGUUGGAUCAAUUUCCCAAAUGGACUCCAAUUGAGAGAGACACAUACAUUGACAGGUUAUCAUUAAGGUAUGAAAGAGAAGGUGGAAUCUGUGAUUUUGCAGCUGUGGACUUUUUUGUUAGUACUGUCGAUCCAUUAAAAGAACCACCACUGGUCACAGCAAACACUGUCCUAUCAAUCCUUGCAGUUGACUAUCCUGUCCAGAAAGUCUCUUGUUAUGUUUCAGAUGAUGGCGCUGCUAUGCUGACAUUUGAAACACUCUCAGAAACAUCCGAGUUUGCAAGAAAAUGGGUUCUUUGUAAAAAGUACUCUAUAGAGCCUCGGGCACCUGAAUUUUAUUUUUCACAGAAGAUUGACUAUUUAAAGGAUAAAGUACAACCUUCUUUUGUCAAGGAGCGCAGGGCAAUGAAACGCGAGUACGAAGAAUACAAAGUCAGAAUAAAUGCAUUGGUAGCUAAAGCUCAGAAAACCCCUGAUGAGGGCUGGAUAAUGCAGGAUGGAACACCGUGGCCAGGGAAUAAUCCAAGAGACCAUCCAGGAAUGAUUCAGGUCUUUCUUGGCCAUAAUGGUGCACAUGACAUAGAAGAUAACGAGCUUCCCCGGCUUGUAUAUGUAUCUAGAGAGAAGAGGCCUGGUUACCAACACCACAAAAAGGCUGGAGCAAUGAAUGCUUUGGUUCGAGUCUCUGCUGUUCUCACAAAUGCACCAUACAUUCUGAACCUUGACUGCGACCACUAUGUAAACAACAGCAAAGCUGUUCGGGAGGCUAUGUGUUUUAUGAUGGACCCACAAAUGGGUAGAGACAUUUGCUAUAUUCAGUUUCCUCAGAGGUUUGAUGGCAUUGAUCGAAGUGAUCGUUAUGCUAACCGAAACACCGUGUUCUUUGAUGUCAACAUGAAAGGAUUAGAUGGUAUUCAAGGACCAGUAUAUGUGGGAACAGGAUGUGUUUUCAACAGACAAGCUCUUUAUGGUUAUGGACCUCAAUCGUUGCCUAUAGUCCGUAAACGUUCAUCAUCUUGUUCUUUGUGCUGCUGCUGUUGCUGCUGCUGCUCUGGCUCAAAGAAAACUGAUGAUGAGAAGGAGCUCUACAGGGAAUCAAAGAGGGAGGAUCUUGAUGCUGCUAUCUUCAACCUUCAAGAGAUCGAUAAUUAUGAUGACUAUGAACGAUCACUGUUGAUAUCUCAAAUGAGUUUUGAGAAGACGUUUGGCCUGUCAUCUGUAUUCAUUGAAUCUACCAUGAUGGAGUAUGGGGGAGUUCCCGAGUCUGCAAAUCCAGCAAUGCUUAUUAUGGAAGCAAUCCAUGUUAUUAGCUGUGGCUAUGAGGAGAAAACAGAGUGGGGGAAGGAGAUUGGGUGGAUAUAUGGCUCCGUAACGGAGGACAUUUUGACUGGUUUCAAGAUGCACUGUCGUGGAUGGAGAUCCAUCUAUUGCAUGCCUCUGCGGCCUGCAUUCAAAGGGUCUGCACCCAUCAAUCUUUCUGAUAGACUCCAUCAGGUUCUUCGUUGGGCACUUGGGUCUGUUGAAAUUUUCUUCAGCAGGCAUUGUCCUCUUUGGUAUGGAGUUGGUGGUGGUCGUCUCAAAUGGCUCCAAAGAUUAGCAUAUAUAAACACUAUCGUAUAUCCAUUCACUUCGUUGCCCCUUAUUGCUUAUUGCUCACUUCCAGCUAUCUGUCUACUUACUGGGAAGUUCAUUAUACCAACUCUCUCCAACGUAGCAAGCGUCCUGUUCCUCUGCCUCUUCAUCUCCAUCAUCUUAACCAGUGUGCUUGAGCUUCGAUGGAGUGGUGUGGGCAUUGAAGAGUGGUGGAGGAAUGAACAGUUCUGGGUGAUUGGUGGCGUAUCUGCCCACCUCUUUGCAGUCUUCCAGGGAAUUCUGAAGGUCACAGCUGGUUUCGACACCAACUUCACUGUUACUGCAAAAGCUUCUGAUGAUGCAGAGUUUGGUGAACUAUAUGUUUUCAAAUGGACAACUCUUCUGAUCCCACCAACCACCAUUCUUGUGGUCAAUUUGGUGGGGAUUGUGGCUGGCUUUUCAGAUGCUCUUAAUAGUGGCUAUGAAGCAUGGGGGCCACUCUUUGGCAAGGUCUUCUUUGCCUUAUGGGUGAUCCUUCAUCUGUACCCGUUCUUGAAAGGCUUGAUGGGGAGGCAGAACAGGACACCAACCAUUGUUGUUCUCUGGUCUGUUCUAUUGGCAUCUGUCUUCUCACUUCUUUGGGUCAAGAUUGAUCCAUUCUUGAGCAAGGAUGACUCCGUGCCUAUGAAGAAUUGUAUUUCUAUUGAUUGUUGAUAUUUCAUCUUGCGGUCUGGUGAUGUUUAUGUUAUAUGUAAAUGCCAAUUUUCCUAUUUCAUUUUUUCUGGCAGCUGCAUAUGUGCAAGAAGAGAACAAAAAAGGCUUUGAAUGUUGAAUGUAUUCAUUUAGUUUCAGUUGUUU